AUGGACGAUCCUUUUACGACCCCAAGGAUGGUGCGCGAAUCCACACCACUAGACCUCUCCCCGCCGAUUCUCACCCGCCCCACCACUUCCCCAGAACAGCUCAAGCGCACGUUACAGGCACAUCUUGCCGAGACGCGGAAACGGAAGGAUGGCGCCGAACGACUAGGCGAGGAUCUGGUAAAGCAGGAGGAGGAGAUCGAAGCGCGAUUAAGGGAGCUGGAGGCGAGCGGCGGCAAGAUCGACCCAGAACUUAAGAGGAAACUGGCCGAGCUUGAGAAAGAGUACAAUGAGGUCGGACGUGAGACGUCGAGAGCCUUGUUGACGAACAAGAUCAUGAGCACGGGUAGUGCGUCGCCGCUGAAUAGAUCUAAUCAUAAUUCGAACCCCUCGACCCUACAGUCUCAGGGGGCUGCGUCGCCAUCCAAACCAUCGCGACGACAACGGAAUCAGGCUCCUUCGCGAACACAUGAUCUCGAGUUCGCGGCCGAACUGGGCCAAGGUCUUAUCGCCGAGGUGCGCAAACUGCAGGCUCUUCUGUCCGAACGGGAGGAGGCGCUCAAGAUUGUGCAACUGGAGAAAUCGAGGCUGGAGGAACAUGCAGAGUCGAUCGAAGCCAGGCUGAGGUCGCUAGACGAGAGCGAGCAACGGUUCAAGGAGGAAAACUGGAACCUUGAGCUCAUGAUCCAGGAUCUCCGAUCGCAACAAGCCGAACAGAAGGAGGUCGAGACCCGCAUGCAAGUCAACAUCGCACAGCUCGAACAUGAAAAGACAAUGGUCAUCAAAGAGCUGGACGAUAUGAAGCACCAGUUUGCGCGGAUCAGCGACGAUCUCGAGACAAGGACCAAGCACACCGAGACGGAAAUCGGGUCGCUGCGCAGGGCUUUGGCUACACACGAAACCGAGAAAACCGGACUGCGGAGCAAGGUCGAGGAGCUCAAGGCGGAACUGGAGGAGAGUUACAAGACCACCAUGCGCCUACGGAGUUUGCAGGAACGACAGGAGGCCGACGACAGGGACGACCCAUUCGGCAUCGACGCUCCGGAUGACGAUAAUGAAGAUGGUUCUCCUCCCCCGUCGCCGACAAAGCACACUCCACGACACGGACAACUGGAAGCCGAAACCCUAAAAUCCAGUCUCCACCAUGCCCAUAGAAUGAUCCAGAACCUGCGAUCGAAUAUGCACCGCGAGAAGACCGAAAAGAAUGAACUCAAGCGGAUGCUACAGGAGACCAGGGACGAACUAGAGUCCGCACGCAGUGGCUUUUCCAGUCCACCACAAAAGGAAAAGAGGCGUCGGCCGGAUGGCACGUUCAAGAAGCUGCCACGGAGCAGUAUCAACCUGCUGGGAAUCGCUAGGAAGAGCCGCGAUGAAAUCGUCACCGAGUCGCCAAUCGCAAGGCACGAUGACGACUGGGAAGAGGCAGAUCUGGACGACGAGGAUGCUCGCUUCGGGAAAACCCCUGGCGCGUACAUCUCGAGUGUUCCUCCCACUGAUGUUGAGGGCGACUCUUCGUUUGAGACGGCCAAUGAAAAGGAUAGCAGCGACGUUUUCGACACUGCCACAGAAAACGAAGCCUACCUCAAUAGGGGCGAGAGCCCUGUCUACGACGAUCCCACAUCCGGCGAUGAGCUGACCGAGACCGAGGGAACACCUUCCCGAUCUUUGAAACCAAAGGCUUCCCACCUCUCGUCGCGAAGCUUGCGACCAUUGCGUCUGACCAAGCUGCGCCAUCAACGAAGCAGCAUUGUGUCUACUGCAUCUACCGAAGAUGAGGACGACCAAUAUGACGAUUCUUUCUACCGCUACCAGCAGGAGCAGGAGGAUAUGUAUUCCCCCGACGCCGAGUACGACGAAGAAGUCCUGAAGACACCAUCGCACGUCAAUAAUCCUAGGAUGAAGCUGCGUCUCAACAGGGCCCGAGGCAAAACAACCCAAAGGAUCACUUCUUCUGACAGCAGCAUGUUCAAUUCCAACGUCUUUGGCAACAUCGGUUCCAGCCCUGCUUCUGGACUCGGAAGCCCUGCGUCUUUCAACGAUUCUCCUCGCGGCUUCAAUUUCCGCACUUCCGCCGUCCCGCACGGACUUCACAAGAGUCUAUUUGCCGAGCUUGGUAACAACAGCCCUGGCAUGAUGUCUGCGGACGGAGACGAGUAUGGAGAGAGGAAUACGCCCGGCAGGUUGCUGUCGCCCUCCCUGAUGCCUCGUGAGAUGGUUGAAAUGGUGGAUUCCGGCGUCAUGACGGAAGAACCUUACCCAGAGAUUCCGAUUCUACUUGACGAUUCCGCAAGUGACGCUGCAAGCGAUCGUCCCUCAACCGCCGUCACCGUUGUCAAUGACUCUGGUAUGCUGGGUGUGGGAUCCUUCGACCGCAAGCCAACUCUGGAAACUUUCAGAGAGUUGCCGCCACUCCCUGUCAUGUACGAUGUAGGAGUUCAGAGUGAGGAGGAAGUCAAGCCAUCUAUCGCCGAGACUGGAGUGCAGUCCGAUGCGCCGUCAACUACUGAAUACGGCACACAGUCCGAUGAGAUUGUUCUGCCGGAGACUUUGGAGAUCGGUACACAAUCCGACACGGCAUCAACUACAGAGUUCGAGUCCGGAACCCAGUUCGAUCCCGAGCUAGAGAAGUCCGAAGAGGAGGAACGGGAAACCGUAUUCGUACCCAUCGUCGCGCCGAUCCCUCUCCCGAGCAAGGAUGAACCCCUGCCCGAACCAGUCAUCAUCAUGGUACCUCGGGAAGAGGAGAAGAAGGUUGAUCAGAUCUUGGCCUUGGUCAAGGGGCCGUCUAUCGAUACUACACCGGGAGGCUCACUAGAGACGGUGCCUGUAGAGGAACCGCUGCCGGAGCCAGUUAUCAUCAUGGUGCCUCGAAAAGAGGAGCCGAAGGAGAUCCAAACCUUUACCUUGGUGAAGGGGGAAUCUCUGGAUACUGCGCCUAUCGAGGAGCCUGUUGUGGAAAAACCGGCCCUUGUGCUCGAUUUCUCCAAGAUCAUGGCGGUGUCAACCGAACCUAUCAGUCCUGUUCGCGAAACUGCACCACCAAUAACAGCGAUGCCUAUUAUCACAACUGUCGAUACAUCGUUUUCUUCGGACGAGGUUACGCCAAAGAAGGUAUCCGAGACUACCGACGGGGACUCGUCGCCGUCGCCGCCGCCUAGGUCAACUACGCCAACUUCUAACAUCGGGCGUGGAGGCCUAGGGUUUUUCAGCUCGUUGUUCGGCCCGCGCAAACUGCCAGUUACACCCGAACGUGCCGAGCGCGCCGCAUCACCUAGCGCAAAGAGCUUUUCUAUGGAAUCAGACGAUGAGUAUGGUAUGGAAGAGGGCACGGUCCGACAGAAGAACACCCCCCGCCGGCCCGCGCUCAACAUGUCUGUAUCGACAGCUGAUCAAGGCAUCCAAACCGAACUUUCGCCGGAUGCUUUCAUCAAUAUCGUGAAAGAACCGCCGCAGGUGCAGACACCUAGGAAAAUUCUUUUCGGUAGCACGUCAGAGCGAGCCUCGGUCAGGGAAGUGGCGCCCACUCCAAGUCUGCGAUCGCUGGCAUCCACGGAGAGCAUCGCACUGCCUCUGCCUAACAGGCUGAACGGUGAAGUUGGUGGUGUUCGGAUUGUUUCAGCGUCGUCGUCGGUGAUUCGCCCAGACAGCUCAUCGAGUAUGCGCGAACAGCGAAUGGGGUUCCCCCCGCUGCCAGAACACCAUCAGGAACACAUCGCUGCAGCCCAACAGAAGAUGGGGUCGUCAGCCGACCACUCGAUGGCCCCUCCACCAGUACCAACACAGAGGGCCAACGUGUCUUUCCGACCACGCACACCUGGUCAAUCGGACCAAUCACGUCGACCAAUAACACCGGCGUCAACGUCGCAUGCAGGCACCACACCAAAGCAAUCGGCGAAAUAUUCUGCUACAAGAAGCGAGAUUUCCUCACCAGAGUCGCGUCGCUCAUCGCUUUCAUCGUUCGUAACCGAAAUGGACGAUCGCUUCAACAUUCAGAACGAUGGAUAUCCCGCCCGGGGUGCCGGCAGCGAGUCACCAUCCACCGAUCCCAGAGUCAUUCAGGCUAUCACUCAGACGAUGAUUGGCGAAUACCUAUGGAAGUACACGCGCAACACCGGACGAGGCACAAUAUCGCACACCCGCCACAAGAGAUUCUUCUGGAUCCAUCCGUAUACUAGGACGUUGUACUGGAGCGACCGGGAUCCACAGUCAGCGGGUCGAGCAGAGCUGCGCGCGAAGAGUGUUGCCAUUGAGGCUGUCAGGGUCGUGACGGACGAUAACCCAAUGCCCCCCGGACUGCAUAGGAAGAGUCUGGUCAUCAUCACCCCCGGUCGCACGCUCAAGUUCACAGCACCUACCAGCCAACGGCACGAGACGUGGUUCAGUGCGCUGUCGUACCUGUUGCUUCGUGACGGACAAGAUGGAGCUAUCGACGACACUGCGGCUCUCAACGACGAUGAUAUGCGGGACUACAACCCUCAAGGUGGAUACAGCACCGAGAGCUCGCUGCGACCUACCGUGCGUGGCGCUGCUUCAUAUUCGUCAUUCCGGUCGCGCGUGACUCGGGAACCAUCACCCACACGGAACGCAUCUUCGCUGUCGAACCGACGACCUACCGAACGGGAGCGCAUGCAGGGGAGUUUAUCGCGAUUGAGUAAUAUCUUCCGACCAGCGUCUGCUUUUGGCAGCCAUAGCUCGAGGAACGACAAUAGCGUGUACGGUAUCAGCGAGGAUGAUAAUUCGACGGAAGAUCUUCAGCAGAUGGAGCGUCAGGAAGUUGAGUUGGAACGGAUGGAGAAUGUUAGGGCGUGCUGCGAUGGCAAACAUGAUGUCGGAACACUCCCCCGGAAAGGCGGAAAGGCUGGCGUCUUCCGACGAGGACAGGCCCACAACCACUCGCACUCGCACGGUUAA